GCCGCCCCUGAAAAGGUUGAACAGGCCGAGGCGCCAGCCUUGACGCCAGAGACGCCCCUGGCCAAAUUCACGGCGCGUCUGGCCGACAUUAUCAAGCUGUCAGGCCAUGGUGAGAUGUGGGGUGUUGAGCUCUCGAGCGAUGCCAGCCACGCCCCGACUCAGGUUGUUCUCCAGAAGUUCCUGCGAGCCAACAAUGGCGAUUUGGCCGGUGCCGAGAAGCAGCUUUCUUCUGCUCUGGCCUGGCGAGAGAAGUGGCAGCCGACGAAGCUCGUCAGCGAGGCCUUCAACAAGGACAAGUUUGGCGGCCUCGGCUUCGUGACGAACCACAAGGAUGAUGCCGGCAAAAACACCGUCAUUACCUGGAACAUUUACGGCUCCGUCAAGGACAACAAGGCUACCUUUGGCGACAUCUCCGAGUUCAUCAAGUGGCGCGCUGCUCUCAUGGAAUUGGGCGUGCAGCAGCUCCAUCUCAACGACAUCACAGAGCCCCUCCCAGAGGAUGGCACCGACAAGCACCAGAUGCUUCAGGUGCACGACUAUCGAUCAGUCAGCUUUUUCCGCAUGGACCCUGCUGUCAAGGCUGCCAGCAAGGAGACCAUCUCUGUCUUCUCCAUGGCCUACCCAGAGCUGCUUGCGCACAAGUACUUUGUCAAUGUGCCCGCCAUUAUGGGUUGGAUGUUUGGUGCCAUGAAGCUCUUCCUUGCGCCGGCAACUUUGAAGAAGUUCCACCCGAUGACAUCUGGCACUACCCUAUCCACGGAGCUUAAGGGCAUUGCCUCGUCAUUGCCUCAGGAGUAUGGAGGCAGUGGCUCCCCCGUCCAGGAGGGAUUGACGGUGGCGCUCGUCGACACCACCGAGGCC